AUGGAGGAAGAUGAGGAGGUUGGACCCAGUCAUGUGGACCCUGACCACUUCCGCUCCACUGCGCAGGAUGCGUACAGGCCAAUCGACCCCUCUGCAUACAAACGUGAAGGACCAAUAGAGGANUCCACUGCACAGGAUGCGUACAGGCCAAUCGACCCCUCUGCAUACAAACGUGAAGGACCAAUGGAGGAAGAUGAGGAGGUUGGACCCAGCCACGUCGACCCUGACCACUUCCGUUCCACUGCACAGGAUGCGUACAGACCCAUCGACCCCUCUGCAUACAAACGUGAAGGACCAAUGGAGGAAGAUGAGGAGGUUGGACCCAGUCAUGUGGACCCUGACCACUUCCGUUCCACUGCACAGGAUGCGUACAGACCCAUCGACCCCUCUGCAUACAAA